AUGCGAGAGCUGGUGCUGGUGGCCGACGUCCACAGCUACAGCCAGGAGCACCUGGCCGCGCUGGCGCGCAGGGCCGCGGACACGGACCACUUGGAGGAGGUGACCGCCGAGGAGAUGGGCUUCGCCAUGGGGCGGUUGGUGCCGGGAGGCCGCGCCGCGCGCUCCCUCGCCGACCACAAGCAGCCCGUCACCCUGGACAUCAGCGACAGCGACGACUUCGGAGAGGGUCCGCUGCUGGGCCGCGUGGCGCGCCUCCGCCGCGCCCGCUCCGCUGUGUCCAGGGAGGGCGGCGGGCUGCGGCUGCACCUGGACGACGGCUACUCCUCGUCGACGGCGUCCUCGUUCGACGCGGGCAGUCCGUGCGCCGCGCCCGCCCCGGCCCCGCAGCACAAGCAGCAGCCUCCGCAGCCACCACCGCAGCAGCAGGCAGAGCCAGCACCCGGCGGCAACGGCAAGAAGCACCGACACAAGCACAGGCCGAAGACGGCCAAGCCGAACAGGGUGGCGCCGUCCUCGGACGCUCCCCCCAGGAGGGGCGCGUCGGCCGGCCCCAAGGCCAGCGACAACCCCCUGAGCGGGAGUGGCAGCGGCAGCGGCGACAGCCAAGACCCCCUGGAGCCCUGGAGCGUGCGUGGCAUCGAACCCAUGAACGCGCUGCUCGCCUGGGACCAGGGCGAGCACGACAGCAUGUAAGGGUCCCGGGUUCGAAACCCAAGCAAUUCUUUUGGUUGUUUCUCUUUCGUUUUCCUUUUUUUAUUGACAUUCGAAGUUAUGCUAUGAAGGUCUUGG